AUGAUCAUGAUCUGCCUACAAAGCAACGCCAAUUUAUCUUCAACAUCGCACCCCUAUAAUGCAGAUGCCAUGACAUUUACGGUUGUAGAUACAAGUUCUGUGGAUCGAAAACCUUAUAAAGUAAGAGAACUGAGGAGCCUACCAUUAGAAAUCUCUAACAUGGUAACUUCUCAAAACUGUCCUGAAAAUAGUGACAAGGAUACUCAUGAUGAGGCUACCGAAGAAUUUAAUAUUGUUGAUACCAUGUUAGUUGAUGACAGUGAGACAAAUAAUACCAAUCUUGGUACAAGUAAAUCCAAUGUGGAAAUGCUUCCUGGCAGGAAAGGUCGUGAUACUACAUGGCAUGGAUGUGAUAUUUCUGUGAGUAACUUGAAGAACGAAAAGGAUUUAAGCAAGGACAAGCACCAAGAAAUUUUCUAA